AUGAAUUUCAACAAUCAAUUAUACGAAGUGGAAUAGCACGAUGGCUGUAGCCAAUCUGGCUCAAGAUAUUGCCUCUCAUCUCACGAGACAAGGCCUCCCACCUACAACGGCGUGGCUGAACAAAUUUCUCUCCACCCAACGACAAGCGCCUUUACCAGCAUUGAAACAGUCUGCUAUGUUCAAGAUCUUGCAGACGGAUAUCACACUUUCCCUGCAAGACUCGCCACCCUCGAUAUUCCCACACGACAUCGCGAACGGAGAGAUUCAGGAACGGCAAGUGCCUGGCCCAAUCCCUGUACAGAUUUUAGACAUUGAGGACAUUGGUCGCAGCCGCUGGAGUCAAAUCGAAGCCCUAGAGGCUGAAGAGAGGGGCGAGAAGACGAAAGGGCGGGAGAUUAUACGUGUUGUACCCGGGGAAGAUGAUGAUUCCGUGGACUCUCGGCAACAGAGCACAGGGCCACACAAGCUUCUACUUCAAGACUCACGUGGUACUAGCGCGUAUGCUAUGGAGCUUAUUGGCAUACAAGGCCUUGAUCUAAAUAUCAAUAUUGGGGCAAAACUACUGCUUAGCAACGUCACUGUUGCAAGAGGAGUGUUGCUCCUGGAUCCAAGAAACACCACCGUCUUGGGAGGCAAAAUCGAGGAUCUGCAUAAGCAAUGGAAAGAAGGCAGGAAAGAGGCUCUUAGAUCUGCAAUACAACCACGUUCAUGAAAAGGGUAUCUCAAUAUCUACGCUUCAGAGAAGCUUGCUCUGGUCUCCAAACGUCGUUGAAAGAUCAUCAAGCAUGGGGAAGAGACUGAGCGAUUUUCUG